AAAAAGUCACUACCUGAUCAUGGAUGAAGCUAGCCCCUUAGGUGUAUACUUAGUUAAAUCGGGCAGUAAAGGUGAUCGGCUUCUCUUCCGGUACCCGUACGCCGUCGACACGGAAAGCGACUCGCAUGCCAACAGGAAGCGGACCAACCCGUACUCGCUCGCUGUGAACGAAGACACGCUGAAUAUAACGAGAGCCAGGAGCUGUUCUGAGAUUUCCGACAAAAACUUAGUUUUAAUCUCGGACAAAGCCCUCUCGAAUCUCUUUGCCACCAAAAGUGAACUCUGCAACAGAAAGUUUGAACUGAAGGUGAAUGAUGUACGGUUUGUGGGCCACCCCGUCCAGCUGUGUUCGAAGCGGGAGACUUCGACAUUUCUCAUGUUCAAUGUCGUCUUCGCCCUCAAGGCCUAUGCCAGUCACGACAUUGUCAACUUUUACCACGACUUCACACACAAGAUUGCGAUAGCCCUGUCUUCUGAAGAGAAUCGCUGCAACUAUCUUAGCUAUGAGCUCAAGGGCAUGCUGCGAGCCCAUGACGACACUGUGGCCAUGCCUGAAGGCGCGUCCUUGGCCCAACGUUUGUUCAGGCACCUGCCCGUCUGCCCUAUAUAUCACUUCCCACGUGACAAAGACAGUGGGGAAUCGCCAUACUACCUGAUCCUAAAACGCAGUCAGCUGGCCCGGGACUUGCAGCGGGCAUACAACGAGCUGCACAGCAGUGGUUCAGUACAGCUGCACAUCAACCGUUGGAUCAACGUCUCCUUCUGCCUACCACACAAGGUUCACCGGCUGCACCUGGCGAGAAGCUGUGUCAAGGCUGAAGCUAUACAGAAGUGCCUGACACAACUCAGGCCAUACCAUUCCCUUCUGCUUUUGGUGGACCCGAGGGAGCUGGUGGAAUCUCUACCUACAGAUGCAUCAUCUGCACUUGUCCGACUCAUCCACAUGGCCAGCCCAAUGCGUAGCCUGGUGCAACUGGCUGCAGAUACGGAUCUUACCCUGCGACAGGUAUUUCAGCUGUCAGCGCAUCUAGUCUACUGGGCCAAGGCCACCAUUAUCUACCCUCUGUGCGAGAGCAACUGCUACGUCCUUGCUCCCAAUGCACCGACCAAUCUAAAAUCUCCGGUGCACGAGAGGUUUGCAGAGAUGUUUCCCGGAGUCUCCCUGCCGGCGUUUAUGUCCAAGUUCUCGUUGCCAACAUCAUUGUCCCAACUAAACGACCCCAUGGACCUGAAGUAUGAGCGGAAGCAGCUGUUGCAGAUCCUGGUGUGGAUGCUUCAGGAGAGGAUUCUGAUGCAGCUGCACACCUACGUCUACCUUGUGCCAACGGAGCAACCUUCUAACGGGUACCUCGGGUCGCGGCCGUACCUGUCGGAACCUCACCUAGGUCACCGACCGGCCACCAGCCAAUCGGACUUCAGUGGCUCAGUGCUCAGUGAAGAUUCCAUGAUUGGCAGCCCAAGUCAGUCCAGCCAGUCUUCGAAGUGCGGUUCCGACGAAGACCUCUCGCCGGCAGAGUCUGAUGGCCGCUUUGCGCUGUCCUGGGACGAAAAGGAGGCCGUGGCCAGGGUGCCUGCUUACCGGAACCUUGAAGACCGCAAGCUCUUUCUCAGGUUGUGCCCACGCUUCAAGGGCAAGGAUCACCUCGAGGAGAUCAUGUACUACGAGAAUGUGCGCCGGUCUCACCUCCUCGCUCUUUUGGACAAGUUCCGUGAGGUGCUCUUCACUGUGCAGCAUGAAGACCCCACAAUAGCGGUGUUCUACAGCUGACAUAGUGGACAUUAGGUCUUUUUUUCUCUUCGAAGAGUGUGCCCACACAUUGGCUCUGGACAUUGCUGGUAAAGGCUCUGGCUAGUCUAUUUUGAGUGCCGUAUUCUGUUGCAGUUGAUACAAGGAAUUACCUUUGCCUGCUAAAUGACCGAAUGACAGAAUGCUCGCUUUAGAUUUCCCGUUGAUGUUAUGUUCGGGAAGUUGUGUCAUGUGUACUCCUCAAACCACUUAUCAUUGUUUUUAAAAAGGCAAGAGCACAGCCAAAUGUUAUGACCAGGAUAUUUUUUAAAAAGUGGGUUGCAUUAAUGUAACCAUUGUAUUGUGUGGAGUUAUGAGAUCUGCAGCCUUUCCUGUUCUGUAGAAUGUAGAAAGUUAAGAUACUGUUGCUGUUUGUGUAUACAAGUACAGGCUGGAAAUCUGAAUGCGAGGCUGUGGAAUUGCGCAUGUUUUUCUAAGAUACCUCGCUCCGCAAACUAUUUUUAUGCCAACUGUGCAUCUUGCAUAUUUCAAAAGUGUGAAGCCACUUGUUUCUUUUGUGAGAAUGAAUGCAGGGAGGCAGCCAGGGUGCGCGAUAUGGUCUCUUAUUGUUGGCAUUUGCGCACAAAGGAGACUGUGCACUGUAGUUAGAACUCGUCGGAGGACAGGUGAGUGCUCUGACUGCAAUGUUUUUGCUGAGUGUGGUGCAGCUAGUGAAUGGUGUUUAUCUCUGGGCCGCAACUUUUAGUACAAGAAAAUGCAGGGAGAUGCACACAACUGCGAUCGCCAACCCAUCAUAGGGAGCAGCUAUUGGUAUUCCUUACUUCGCCAUGGUGUGAUGCGGUGACGGGUUAGUACUGUGCUGCACUUAUUUGCCUUCGGUAAUGAAGGUGCGUGUAAAUUAAAGAAGGUGCGGAAUGUAGCAAAGACAACUUUCCACUGUAAAAACAGUGCAGCUUUGCAUGCGCUGUGGUUUUCAAGCCUUGAGCAGACUGUGUUAUGCAUGGCAUUUGAAGCAUGCAUUGCAACAAAAGUGCAAUGCAUGAAACGCUUCCCAGUCUCACAUUCCUAUGUGUGCAGCAUUCUGCUUUGCUGGUGUGCAGGCCCCAUGGACUGUAAUGAGCUUGCCAUGGUUUGUCGAAAGCAGGCUGGUUUUAAUGUGGGCAGCUGGCCUAGAAGUCUUUAAAAAAAAAUCAGCUUGCUCUUUUUUGUGGAAUCGUUUUCUCUAGAUUUUGUUUUGUCACAGAGUAAGCCUCGUGUGAAAACAUUUCAAUUUAAUGCCAGGCACUUUUCUCUUAAAGAGCACGCUAUCAGUGUAGUGUCUAGAAAGUGCAUGCUUCUGAACCUGGUUAUUUUGGGGUUCUUUUGGAAGCAUGUUACGGCUACAUUUUUGUCCAAGUGUUCAUUGAUCACACUGUUUUAGUGUGUGUGAAGCAAUGAGAGACUGUGGUUUUCUAGCCACCAGUGGCUGGACUUAGUGCACAGGUGUAAACUUCCUCCAUGUUGGUUUUGUGCAGUGAAAAAAUUGUGCAGAACAAUAAAAGAAGUCAUAAAGACUGUU